UAAUCUUCAGUAUUUCCAAAAUUUUGAGCAUUAGAGCGAUCUGAAAAUCCAUAAAAUCCCGCCUGCUCGAAUUCCGAUCCUUCUAGUAGCAGAAAGCCCAAAAACCCUACCGGUCCAGAAUUUCUAAUUCUCCAUUUUUGAUUCAUUGAAGUUGCAGGAACCCUAGCUGAGUCUGAGAUUGGCAAUUUCGUGGAGAGGCGACAUGGGGAAGGCUGAAGACAGAGAGGAACUGAGCGGAGCAUUCAACGAGCUCGCGAACGCCGUACGCGAUUUUUUUCAGGUGUUCGAUCAUAUGCCAUUUGCGUCGCUUAAAAAAUCUGACUGGAAGGAGGUGAUUGAGCUGUCUGAUGCACUGUACAGACACGCCACCACAGUCGGAUUUCUUUGCACGGCGGAUACCCCUGGAGUCACUAUUCUCAAAGAAGCCAUGUCUGCACACAUCAAUGCAUUGCAAAGCUUCCUUUUGGUGUCCCAUGGAAGCACGGUGGGUGCAGGACCGACCCUCUUUUCUUGCAUUCGUAAAAAUUCCAAGCAAGUUGUUGAUACCACUCUCAUGCUAUUAAAGGAAGUAGUCUCCGCAUACGGAUCAGAGAGUAAAUCCCGGAAAGAUUCGAUCCCACAACUUGUAGGUGUAGCCUGCGAAGCUUGUAACGCAGUGAAAAAGACACCGACAACUAAUGUUACAGCUGUGGGACGAGCAAUGACAGAAGUUUCAAUAUCCGUUAAGGAUGUCCUCCGGGAAUUGAAGGAACUGAAGCCAGCUUCGUACGAACCACCGACCAAAUCCUCCGGGGAAACCUCUACUACUAAAACAGAAGAUAAAUCAAACAACGAUGCUGGUUCGUGCGACGGAGAUUUGGGGUCGAAUUUGUCGCCCGAAGAGAUGAAAAUCGCCGAGAUAGCUACAACAGCCGUCUCCGAAUUGCUGGCAGUUAUGAAAGAGUUGAUUCGAUGCAUCACUGCAAUGCUUCGACGCGAAAACGCCAAACAGAGCUCUGUUUCAGUCGAUUCCCUGGAGAAACUCUUGAAGCUCUGCCAGGGAAUCAGCGCCGAGGUCGACAACCUCGGAGCGUGUCUUUAUCCACCACAAGAAAUCCCGGCAAUCAUUUGGGCCGUGGAAAAGAUUUCCCUCUCCGUCGAGGCAACCCAAACAGAGCUGCAAAAUCUUAAAGGUUCGACGAAGGAUUUCACCCGGGCUUGCGAUACAUUGAAGAGCUCAUUGACACGAUUAUCACGUGCCAUAGGCUCGGAAGGCGACGACGGAAAUGUUCUCCGAAAAUUGGAGAAUCUUGAUGUCUGAAAUUAGACCGCGUUGCCGGUGUCUGGGGGGGGGGGGGGAGUAUAUUCUUGUUUUUGUGUAGCUAUUGUCCGUAGGUACCGAUGUAAUAUUCCGACAUGAAUAUGGUUCAGACAAAGACUGAUGUUUCUGUCCUGAAUGAUCGCAUCGUUAGAUACUAA